UGAAUGCGAUUAUGAUAUUAGUGUUGCUGAAGAUUGCCCCUCUAUUGAUUCAAAAAUUACAGAAAAUAAUGAAGGCAAAGAAUUGCUUUUAAAUGUAUGUUCAAUCAAAAAAGUUCUGGAUACAGAAAAGUAUUCAAUGAUUGCUAAUGCUCCAGUUUUGAGUGAUAUCGAAGCUUCGGAUAUUCGAGAAUGCUUAGAAAGAGAAGAGGAUAUAGACCCAGCCUGGAGACUUGCUUUACAGAAAUACAAUCUAGCAUCUUUUUAUAAAAAGACCCUCGAAGAUAUAACUAAAGAUUUUGUAGAAAAAUAUUCCCAAAAAGAGAUGCAAAAUGCGUAUAGUGCAUUAGUUCAAGCUGUAAACCCUCUUGAUGACUUACGUGAGAAUUAUAGAUUUAUGGUUAUUGGAGACUCACGAGAGAAGGCUUCUUGCGAUUCAUUAUUACCAAAAGUUAUUGCUUUAGAAGAGAUUUUACAAGGGAUAG